AUGCCAAUUACAUCCCAUCAUGCCAAUCACAUCACAUCAUGCCAAUCACAUCAUGCCAAUUACAUCCCAUCAUGCCAUUCACAUCACAUCAUGCCAAUCACAUCACGUCAUGCCAAUCACAUCAUGCCAAUUACAUCCCAUCAUGCCAAUCACAUCACAUCAUGCCAAUCACAUCAUGCCAAUUACAUCCCAUCAUGCCAUUCACAUCACAUCAUGCCAAUCACAUCACGUCAUGCCAAUCACAUCAUGCCAAUUACAUCCCAUCAUGCCAAUCACAUCACAUCAUGCCAAUCACAUCAUGCCAAUUACAUCCCAUCAUGCCAUUCACAUCACAUCAUACCAAUCACAUCACGUCAUGCCAAUCACAUCAUGCCAAUUACAUCCCAUCAUGCCAAUCACAUCACAUCAUUCACAUCACAUCAUGCCAAUCACAUCACGUCAUGCCAAUCACAUCAUGCCAAUUACAUCCCAUCAUGCCAAUCACAUCACAUCAUGCCAAUCACAUCAUGCCAAUUACAUCCCAUCAUGCCAUUCACAUCCCAUCAUGCCAUUCACAUCACGUCAUGCCAAUCACAUCACGCCAAUUACAUCCCAUCAUGCCAUUCACAUCACAUCAUGCCAAUCACAUCACGUCAUGCCAAUCACAUCAUGCCAAUUACAUCCCAUCAUGCCAAUCACAUCAUGCCAAUUACAUCCCAUCAUGCCAUUCACAUCACAUCAUGCCAAUCACAUCACGUCAUGCCAAUCACAUCAUGCCAAUUACAUCCCAUCAUGCCAAUCACAUCACAUCAUCUAAUUGGUUUAGUUCCUCGACACCCUAAACAGUGCGCAUCAGUCUAUAACUUGCCUAGGCCUAGUGGGGACGUUCCGACGAACGUCUAG